UGUUGAUGUUUUUGAAUGUUUUUAUUGAAAUAACCAGCAAAUUGGAGGCUUCUUGAGUCAAGUAUUAGUUGAGAAUGCUAUAGCCCUGACCUCCAUAGUCAGCCUAUAAUGGCUAUGCCAGGAGCUGGCGUUGCUGUGUGGGGCGGUGGAGGUGGGCAGAUAACGUACGAUGGAAAGUCUGUGCGAAAAAGUUUGAAUCGAAAAACAGUCGAUUACAAUUCGUCGAUGGUCAGGUACCUGCAAGACCGGACAUGGCAGCGUGACUACCGCGAUCAGCCGGCUGUCCAGCCACACCGUGCCUAUCACGAGCAGAUGUUCCCGUCGGCCCAUCUGCGCCACAAUCCGCUGCACUCCGUCACCACCAUGUAUAUACGCUCUGCCACAAAUAAAUUCCGCUGUCCCAUCUUUACCCUUCAGUGGACACCAGAUGGACGGCGAUUGGUGACUGGAGCUUCUAGUGGAGAAUUUACACUAUGGAAUGGACUGACGUUCAAUUUCGAGACUAUUUUACAGGCUCAUGAUGUUGCUGUCCGCUCGAUCAUGUGGAGUCAUAACGACCUGUGGAUGGUGAGCUGCGAUAACUCCGGUUUUGUCAAGUACUGGCAGCCGAAUAUGAACACGGUCAAGAUGUUCCAGGCGCACAAAGACCCCAUACGUGAUUCAAGCUUCAGCCCGAACGACAGCAAGAUGAUCACCUGCUCGGAUGACAGUACAGUGCGAGUCUGGGACUUCCUGCACUGUCACGAAGAGCAAGUGCUGCGAGGUCAUGGUUCGGACGUGAAGUCUUGUGACUGGCAUCCGACGAAGUCACUUGUGGUGUCUGGCAGUCGCGACAGUCAGCAGAACGUCAAGUUGUGGGAUCCGAAAACCGGCGAAGACCUGUGCACAUUGCAUGGCCACAAGAGCACGGUCACCUCGACGAAGUUUAACCGCAACGGCAACUGGCUGCUGACGGCGUCUCGUGACCACUUGAUCAAGUUGUGGGACAUACGCAUGAUGAAGGAGCUGGUGACGUUUCGCGGCCACAAGAAAGAGGUUCACGCUGUGGCUUGGCAUCCUAUCCAUGAAGACUUGUGUGUCAGCGGUGGAGGAGAUGGCUCUCUACUAUUCUGGAUGUCCAACACGGACAAGGCGGUUGGUGCUAUCGAGACGGCUCACGAGGGUGCAGUGUGGAGUUUAGCAUGGCAUCCACUUGGGCACAUGCUGGUUUCCGGCUCCAACGACCAUUCCUGUAAAUUCUGGGCUCGUAAUCGACCGGGCGAUCCAAUGACCGACCGCUUCAACCUAGGCACAGGUAGCACCCAUCCGGCGGGAGCAAGCUCUGCUGUGCAGGCGUCAUCAACAGCGAUGGAUGACGAAGAGCAAGACGAUGUGGAGACAGCCGCGUUCAUCCCGGGCAUGGGCGAGAUUGUCAAGGGCGUAUCAAUACCCAGCGACCUGAUCACAUCGCACAAGGGUGGUGAGGCAGCCUUAAGGGUACCCACGCGCAAAGACGCGCUUGGUUGGCGGCAAGGUGGUGGUGGUGGCGGCAGCGGUGGCAGUGCUGGAGGACAGUCGAAGCGCGGCGGACAGCAGCACGGUGGUGGUGGUGGUGGUGGCGGCGGCAGUGCAAACAAGUCAGCAAUGACCGGAGCUAACCAGGAGCCUCUUGCGGCUGCUCCUCCAGGAGGCUACCUAUCGCGUCCUGCUGGGCAGACACCAGCCGGUAAGGAUAUUGUAGAUGCUCUGAGCAUGCCGCCUCAGGUGGGCGGUAUGUUGCAGUUACUCAAGCAACAGCAGCAGAUUCUUCAGAUGCAGCUGCUCCAGCAGAAACAGCAGCAGGGGGGUGGUCAAUCUGACAAUGCUCCACCGCCACCGCCACCUGGGCAAAGCUUUCCACCGUCAGGCAGCGGGGGGCCUCCGGCUGGUGCCGACUUCAACCAACGACCCCCUCAGCAGCUCCAGUCGCCCGACGUGAGUGGCAGGAUGCCAUUCCCCCCACCGGGCCACCAACAAGGCCCUCCCAACAAUGCCCCGCCAAACCAAGGGCCAGGUCACCCGUCGAGUCUACAGCCACAGGGACAGCUUCCUCCUCAGGGACACAUGCGCGUGCCCAGUCCUCGUGGUCAGGGCCCGCCGCCACUUGGUCAGGGUCCCCCAGGACAGGGUCCUCCCGGCCAAGGUCCCCCUGGCCAAGGUCCGCAUCCAGGUCAGGGUCCCCCCGGCCAAGGACCGCUUCCAGGUCAGGGUCCCCCCAGACAGGGUCCUCCGGGCCAAGGUCCGCCGCAUCCAGGUCAGGGUCCUCCUCCGGCGCAGUUCUUGAGUAACCAGCAGCCGCCCAGGUUCAUGGGCCCCAGCGAUGGGCCACCACCAGGACGACCGCCCAUGAUGCCCAAUGACGCGCAACCCCCGCCAGGUCCGCCAGGAAUGAGAAAUAACAGCAGCAUGGGGCAGCAACCGCCACCGCCAGACUGGAGAGGACCGCCACCGCCGACCAUGGGACAGGGGCCCCCGCCGAUGAUGGGCGAUCCUCCCAUGCCCGGUGGAAACAUGAUGCACCCACCGCCACCCGAUGGUGGCCCGGGUGGUUUUCCCCCGGGUCCACCCGGUCGAGGUCAUGCCCCGCCGCCCGGCUGGUUCCCACCCAACGGCCGAGGUGACGGACCGCCGGGUCGGCGGAAAACCAAAGGCCGAGGCGGUGGCGGGGGCGGUGGCAAGCGAGCGCGAGGUGCAGGCAAACGCUAGCCGAGAUCUGUAUGUAGUACGUUUGUGUGUGUGCGUGUGUGUGUGUGUGUGUGUGUGUGCGUGUACAUUUCUUACUCGUGUUGGACUUGCUCUUGUGACCUAGUAAAUAUCGUUCUUCCUGCAGGCGGACGGUGUCCAUUCCCAGGUGCACUUCCAUCCCUUGCCAUGUACAUGUUGCUUUUUCACACGUACUGUACCUGACCUCACCACUAGGACCUUGUAGUAGCUUAUUCCUCUCGCUCUCUUCCCCCCCCCCCCCCCCCCCUCAUAUCCAAUUUUGUACAAAACCCUUGAACAUAAUAAGUACAUGUGCAUCAUGCCAUAUUAAUUUUGUUGUCCUCAUUGUUGUUGGGUUUUUUACUGUUAUUACAGCAUUGCAAAGUAUCAAUCUUGUUUCUCGGUGUUUCUUUUUUUUUUUCAGCUGGCUGAGUUGAUCUUGUCCGCGCUAUUGUUUAUAAAAUCAUGUUUGUCUCCGCUAUUCUCCGAUGCCACGUACGACUCUGCGUACUGGCAAUUUCUCUGCUCAAAUGAGAUGUAAUUUAUGUUGGGAAUUUUUUGAACUCGAACA